AUGGAGAGGUUGUCCCAUGAUUUAAAUCUGGCUCUGGAGGAAAGCAACUGUGGAAGGCAGGAGCGGAGAAAGCUUGGACUCCGCAGGCGGACCAGGUCUGCUGGAAAUCUGCCAGCCGCAGUAACAGUAAGUUUAGUUGAAGAUGGCAGCUCUAGCAGUCCACCACAAGCUCCGCUUAUCACACAACCGCUAUCGGACUCAGAUGAUCCGCACCUCAACCUGCACAACUCCAGCCUCAAAUCCAGGCAUUACUGCCAGAUCGGCAACUUCGAAUCGGAUUCAUUUAAUGAAAACUUUUCACCGACUAGACCGGCAAACGCAAGAAGGAAACGGAAGUAUAAAAAAAUGCCUGUGGAGUAUGCAGAUGGGAAGCGAUCUCCUCCUAUUGAAAUACUGAGUGUGACUACUGAGCCAAAUGCAUUGCCGGCGACAAUUAUUCUCCAGGGUCAAGUGUUGGCGCCAAUGAUGCACGGAAACAGGCAUAAAACACACUCCAAGACAGACAGUUGUUUCUUCAGAAACGCGUUCUGCGGUAAAAGAAAAUGGUCUCACAGAGAUAAAGGGGACGGCUGUGAAAUGCGAGAGAGGUCCUUUAGCGGUGGUUGCUCUUCGAAAUCGGCAUAUUUCUCUAAAAAUGAUUUUAAAUCGCGGAAAUAUGACACGAACCUACCUAAAAAGGAACCAAUACUGCAACCGGGAAAGAUUGUUCUCAAAUCCCAGAACACAGAAAGUGCGCAACCUGCUACGAUAACUACUCCUUCUUUGCCUGGCAGCUCAAGCUUUAAUUUCGUCUAUAAAAAUAUGUCUAAAAAUGGAACUCCUACGCUCUCAAAAAUGACAGGGUACAAAAUAGCAACUGACCUUCCACCAUUUUUCAGUCCUAGUACUAGUUCAGGAAAAUACUACAGAAAGUUCAAAAUGUUGAAUAAAACUUAUCCACAGAACUCAUUAAGAAAUCCCUUACAGUUCGAGGAUUCCAAUAGCGGGAUGGACUGCGCUGGUAACGAGUCCAGCUCACUAAGCAGUAGUGAUUCCGAUGGUGUAGUAACUAAUGAUAGUGAUAGAGAAGGAGAUGAUGAACUGACAGACUGGCCAGGCAUCGAAGAGUUGAAAGUUUUCAAUAAAAGUCUCACAAUCAAAACUACUAAAUCCGUAAAUAACAACUCUCCCAAGUCUACGAGUAGUAUGCCUCCUCCGAAACGGCUGAAAAAGGAAAAGAUGCUUGUCAAGAGUGGGUGGACCAGUUCCAAAAAUAGAUUUAAAAAGAAACGGCCUAAAGUAGAUUCGGGCAACGAUGAAGAUGCAAUGAUGUCAGAUUCCAAAACUGUUGUCGAUUUGGAAGAGGAAUUAGUUUCUAAAGAAAAUCGUGAUAUACUUCAGCCCCAUUCCUCGUUCAGUAGUUUUAGCGAUAUCAAAAACGCCGGAGUGUCUGGACAAAACGCUAAUCAGUCGUUUUUUCAGUCCUUUCAGGCGUUUCAGGAGAAAUCGGGUCAAAAGGAUGAAUCUUUUAACCAGACGCCGCGAACAAAUUUUUCGCUACAGAAAACUUCGUCGAGCGAUUUGAAUUUAAGCGAAAAAUCACCGCAAAGCGAUCAUUAUUAUAGUGAGCACUCGAUGGGGAAUGCGGCUGUAACUGAAGUAAGAGAAAUAAGAGCGGGGUGUAGGAGAAUACGAGACGAAAGACCUGGGUUUUUAAUAUUGAGCGCUGCGAAUGAACAGCUUUCAAAGUUCCUGCAAGAUUCUUGCCAGACUGAGCUUAAGUUGCCCAGUUUCCACGAUCCGGAAGAGAAAGAGAAACUGGAGUCUUUAGCGAAGUUGUAUUCAUUGGAACUUCAAGUGGAAAUGGGUCGACCUGUUUUGAGGAAAACCAGCAACACAAUGCAAGCUAUUCGCGUAGAACAUUCCUACCACAACUUCCCGUCAGAUCACAAGCGCCGUUGCUACGGCGACGACACCGACACGAGCCUCUCAUUGAGCGAUCAGAACUCAGUCAACUCAAUUAACGACCUCGAGGUAUCCCAAGAUGUACCAGAAAGACAGUGCGACAUGACCCCACAAGAUUUGGUGGAGAAUUUUUCACAGACUUUAGUCGACAAAUCUUUGUUAGAUCCAGGGGAAAUUGAUUGA